ACCCUGCCUCUGUUCCUGAUCGCGCGGGGACGUUGUAUUAUUGUGUGCGUAAAUCACAAUAAGCGAUUGAUGCGAACCCUUAAAAUGUUCGAAGCGACCGUGAGAUGAUUGCACAGCAACAUCUGAAAGUUGCUGUUCAUUUCCUCCAGUUUUGUUUACAUAAACUCGGUACAAAUUGUUAUUAGCGUACUCGCAAGUUAGCUAGCGGCUGGGUAUGUAUGGUGGCCUGGGACGUGCGGCACCAGCCUGGGUUUGUUCCAGAAAAGGCGUUUUUUUGGUGAAUAUCGUGAAUUUAUUCUGAUCGGAGAGCCAGACACCCCUAUUACUUGUCUUUGACACAUCGACUAGCAUUGCUUUGCGAGCAUUAUAAUCAUGGCGGAGUCAGACAAAGAGGAGAAUGGAGACUUUGUAGCGCAAGCAUUCAGUGACAACUCACCAGGCUCUGCAGAUGCAAAGAUGCUGUCAGAUGAUGACGAGGAUGAGGACACGGCCGACCCUCCGAGCUCUUCCAUGUGGACCAAGGAGACGGGGGAGGGGAGCCACGAAGGUGCCGGAGAAGAGGGCACAGGGGACGGGGACCAUGGUGUUGGCGGAGAGGGAGAGGGAGAGGGAGAGGGAGAAGACCUGGACGGUCUGCCCGUGUUUGGGGAAGACCAGGAGGAUAUGUGGGACUUGGACAUCCCCUCGCUUGGGGACACGUACCCCGAGACGUCCAACACGGGCUCAGACCAGCAGCUGAUUGGAGAGCUACGUGGGGAGCAGCAGCAGCAGCAGCGGCGGCGGCAGCAGGGAUUGGAGGAGGAGGAGGAGGAGGAAGAAGAGCUGCCGGAGCCAAUGGGAUUGGGUGAUGAGGACUCGCAGAGCAACAGCAGGGCUGGAGAAGAAGGGCCCUUCAUUGGAGAAGUUACAGGACUGAGCCGGUCCCCUGGCCUGUCCCCCUUGGCUGCAGAGGAGGGCAUGUUCGGCCACCCGGACGCUACCGUCCUGCAGGAGGAGGAGGAGGAGGAGGAAGAGGAAGAGACACGCUCCUCUCCCAGACUCACUCCUCCAGCUGAGGCCACUACAGGAGUCGACCAGCACCAAUCACAUUUUCCUGAGGGAGGCCCCCAAACAGAGGACUCAGCUGUUCCCCAGCCCCCCUCUCCCCGUACCUCCUCCUCCUCUCCUGCUGACGUUGGUGGUGUCAGCGGCGGUGGUGGUGGUGGUGGUGACAUGGACCCCGGCGGCCUGAGUGACCCAGAGCAGGGCCUCGAUCCCAGGAUGAGCAUCAAGGACGAGCCCAUAGACGAGGGCUACGACGCCGCCCUCCAGCCACAGUCCUCCAUCAGCCGCAUCAAGGAGGAGCUGGACCAGGUUGAGAAUAUGGAGACAUGCAGUUCAGAACAGCUUCGCAUCAGUGCUGUGUUCUCAGUCAGUGGCGGACCCAGCAACUCCGCAGUAACAUUCUCCUCACCACCAGCUCCACCACCAAUGGCCCAGCUGCAGCAGCAGCAGCAGCAGCAGCCACCGCCACUGCCAGCCCUGGCCCCCCUGCCUCCUCCCCCGCGCCUCCCCACAGUAGCCCUGCUCCCCCAGGCCCUGGCACCUCCCCCUAUGCCUCCCAUCGCCGCCUCCCUGCUCCUCAUCCGCUGCUCCGGCUGUGCCAAGGUGCUCCAGCGCGGCCAGACGGCCUUCCAGCGCAAGGGCUCCAACCAACUCUUCUGCUCCACACCAUGUCUAACGGGGGCCUUCGCAGCUGCCUCUGCCUCAGCCCCGGCCUUGGCCCCUCCAGCCCCGCGCCCCUCGCUCAUUGCACCCCCACCAACACUACGGCUACCGCCUGCUGCUCCUCCCUCCCUUGUGCUCCACCAAACUGCUGGGCAAAGACCUACUAUUGAUCAGCCCACUCUGGGGGUCAGGAACUGCACUACCUGUCGCAAGCAGAUUACCAACAUGAAGGACCUGAUCAAGGCGCCGGUGGGCGGGUUGGUGCGAGAGUUCUGCAGCCGGGCGUGCCUGGAGGCCAAAAAGAACAGCGCCCUCCCUCCCAAGGCCCCGCCCGCCCCCUCAGGCGGCGACCUCGGCACCUGCAGCAUCUGCCGGAAGGUCGCCAUUAUCGAGCACGAAGUGAACCACGAGAACGCCCUCCACAAGCUGUGCAACGACCGCUGCUUCAUGCGCUUCCUGGUGGUGAACAACCUGACGGUGAACGUGUGUGAGUUCUGCGGUAACCACUGCUCCCGCUCCACCGGCACGCUCCGGCUGCUGCAGGCCAACGACAUGCUCAAGAAGUUCUGCAGCAACGACUGCAUCUUCUCCUACAGACAGAAACGCAAGACGCUCAUCUUCAACUGCGCCUCGUGCAACAGCCGGACCAGCGCCCAGCAGAUGCUGGAGGGGGUCAACCCACAGGGCAUCACCGAGCUCUUCUGCUCCAACAAGUGCCGACAAAACAGCAACGUACCACACGCACUAGCAGGCACCCAGUUCCCAUGUACAUACUGCAAGAAGCUGGAAAUUCCGCAGUACCACCUGGCCACAGGAGAUGGCGCCAUCAGAAACUUCUGUUCUGUUCAGUGCGUUAAUACAUACCAGGAGAAGGGCAGCCCUUCAACACCUCCCAGCCAAAUGAAUGGCAGCACCAGCAGCCCCACCGUUGCCGUGACAACCCAGCAAGGACAGACGGUGAAUCAGCAGCCACAGCCACAGCAGGCAAAGCCGCUGCCCCCCAAUCCCCAGCAAGUCCCCCACCUGACCCAGAUGCUGAACCCCGCGCCCAACCCUCUGCCCCCUUACGUGACCCCGUCCAUCUACGGCCAGGUGCCCCCGGUCAAUCAGGUGCUCAGUGCCGCACACAGCGCGCUGGCACAGUACAUUCCAGCCCCCGGCGUUCCCCAGCCCCAACAACAACAACAACAACAACAACAACAGCAGCAGAGACAGCCACAACCACAACAGCCUCCACCACAGCCAGUGUCAUCAUCAGCAUCCUCCACCACCACUACCACCUACCCUCUCCCCAGGGUAUACUGUGCACAGUGCAGCCAGGGCUUCAAUGAGAAGCCUAACGUCCUUCAGCACAAGGGUCAAGCGGUGCUGUUCUGUGGCAAGACGUGCUGUGAGCUCUACAAGCGCCACAAUAACCUGGGGGUGGUGUGUGAGUACUGCAAGCUGGACCGGGUACUCAAGGACGUCAGCCUGACCUACGAGAAGAAACUCUGCACUUUCUGCAGUGAAGGCUGUAAGCUGCUGUUCAAGCACGACCUGGCGAAGCGGCUGGGCCAGCCGUGCGGUGUGUGUGCCUUCUGCUCCAACAUGACGCUCAAGACCAUCCCCAACUACUUCUCGGGCAAGGUGGAGGAGUUCUGCACCGAGGAGUGCAUGUCUGCUUACACGGUGCUCUUCUACGAGAUGGCCAAGUGUGACGCGUGUAAGAAGCAGGGUCGUAUGACGGAGACCCUGAAGUGGUCGGAGGGCGUGAGGCACUUCUGCAACCAGCUGUGCUUCGUCAACUUCUGCCUGCAGCACAGCAACCAGGGCCCCCGCCUGCCCAACGGCACCUCUGCACCCCGGCCAGCAGGUCUGGUCUCUGCGCCUGCCCAGCCGCUGGUUUCCCGGGCGACGCCGGUGAUUGGCGACGGUGUGUCUCUCGCCUCCACCCCCAGCGGCCAUCCUGCUGACUCACAGGGUCACACGGCACUCACAGGAGCGCUGCCUACCUCCAACGGCCACUCAAAGAUCAUCGGUGAUGCAAGCACUCAGACCGAUGCCAUGAAGCUGCCCGCGGCCGCCCCCCGCAUGCUGAAGAACAAGGCUCUCAUGUGCAAGCCCAUCAUCCAGGAGCAGGGCAUACAGUGCCAGCUGGACCCUCCGUCGUCGUCACAACCAUCGGCCUCUGGCGCCAGUGGCAGCACCGGAGACUCACACUCUCUCAAAGCUGAAGAUGAGAAAGAUGAGAAGGUCCGCUAUGUGCCUGUGCCCUACCCUGUGCCUGUGCCCGUCUUCAUCCCCGUACCCAUGCACAUGUACACCCAGUACACGCCUGUGCCCCUGGGUAUGCCCAUACCGGUGCCUGUGCCCUUGAUGAUGCCCUCCAGGCCAGAUGGCACAGGGCGGCAGCAGGGCGAGGGAGGGGGCACCCCCCGAACCCCCAGGACGGAUGUGGACGAGGAGGUGGCUGAUGAGGGGGAGGAGGAGGACAGGGAGAAGGACAAAUCUGCAUCAGUCGGAGACCAGGGCAGCACAUACAGCGGCGACCUGGAGUCCGAGGCCGUGUCCACCCCCCUCAGCUUGGAUGAUGAGCGCGCCUCACACCUUUCCUCCACCGGCGCCAGAGCCCCCACGCCCAGCCCACUGGCCCGGGGAGGAGGAGCCCUGGACUCCACCUCCAGCUUGGCGAACCGCGGAGCUGAAGACGCCCACAAGUCUGAAGAUGGUGGUGUGUCAGUGGAGCAGAGGAUGGGCCUGAAGCACCGCGCCUGCAAGAGAACCAGAGACGGCACCCCCCUCAGGAAACGGACUCGUAAGCGGGGAACGUCGCCUCUGGGUGGUGUUGGGGGCUCGUCCGGGAUGUCCCGGUUGAACCACACCUAUGGGGUGCAGGCCUGGCACAGCUGGGUGCAGUGGAGGAACAAGCAGCUCAAUGCCAACAGCGGCCAGGGCAAACCCUGCGGUGCCCGGGCCAUGGUGGUGAAGGAGGACGUGUUGCAGUGCAGUUCAGCGGAGCUAAGCUAUGGGCUGAGCCGGUUCAUCAGUGAGGUGCGGAGGCCUGACGGCCAGCCCUACGCCCCCGACGCCACCUACUGCCUCUGUCUCGGCAUACAGCAGUAUCUCUUCGACAACGGGCGCAUCGAGAACAUCUUCACGGACUCCUUCUACAACAAGUUCACCACCGACAUCACCAAGAUGCUCAAGAGCUGGGGCCAGACCGUGGAGCCACAUGAGCUGCUGCAGUCUCGUGUGGAGGAGGAGUACCUGUGGCAGUGUAAGCAGCUAGGGGCCUACUCCCCCAUCGUGCUGCUGAGCACCAUGCUGUUCUUCGCCACCAAGCUGCUGCGGUUGGCCACGCUGGCACAGCACCGGCGCCUGGCCUUCGCCCACGUCACCCGGCACACGCGCACCACGCCCUCCGGCAAGACCUCCUACCUGCGCUUCAGGAUACCCGGCCUGGACCAGGAGGGCUUAGCUGUGCAUUCCCCAUCCGCGAAGCAUAAGCUGGAUGAAGAUGAGAACAGCUGGGAGAGUGAUCUGGAGAUGCCGGAGAACAAUGACAAUCCCCUCCGCUGCCCUGUCCGCCUCUACGAGUUCUACCUCUCCAAAUGUUCGGAGGCUGUGAGGAAACGUACGGACAUGUUUUACCUGCAGCCUGAGCGGGUGGUGGAUCCCAACAGCCCUCUGUGGUACUCGGACCAGCCCCUGGAGAUCGGCUCCCUGGAGAACCUGCUGACGCGCAUCCAGGUGGUGCGGCAGGUCUACACUGGCGACCCCGACGACCAGAACCAGCCCACCUCCACCGACGAGAGCUCCUAAUUGGCUGAUUUGAACUCCUCCAUCUGGUCCCCCCAGCCAAUCGCACAACAACAUUCAAUCAUACCGUAGACCAGGACCAGCCCACAUCCACCGAUGAGAGCUCUUGAUUGGCUGCGUUAUCGAUUGGGGUUCAAAGUUCAGCUAAAGCAGCCAAUCACAUAACGUCAGAUCAUCUGACUGGCGUGCAGGCUUCUUCUUGGCUGAACGUUGACCUGUCAGACUCAUAUAAGCUGAAAAUGAACAGAAAAUAUCCUUCAGUUCUACAGUUUUGGAUGAUAAGUUGGGACCAGUUCUCUUUCGCAAGGCACCAUUGACUUGAAGACUUUGACUGUUUUUUUGUAGCUGGACAAAUCAUUCAUACUUGAGUCAGUUGGGAAAGCAUACUGAGAGUGACACCAUGGUGAUGACUAUAAGCUGGACACUUCUUUUAUACCUGUUCACCUUUGUUAGUGUCUCUUCCUUUCUAUUCAACUGUCAAUACUUUCUACAUCUGGAGGAAAAGUGAAAGAUGUACCGGACAAUUGUCGGACAAUUAGCUGAAGAAAAACAAGAAACAUGAGUUGCACAAAAACAUUUGAGUAACCUGUGUCAUCUUCAAUCAAAGCUGAAAUGAGAGAGCCACAAGCAUUUGAAGGCGGGACCAUUAAUAAAUAAUAAAAAGACCCAAUAAACUAAGACACUGCAUUCUCUGUUACAGUGAAAAAGCUGCUUUACGUUUCCUCAGCAAAAUAAUCAAACUGAUUGGUGAUUUGUACUUUUGUUCAUACACUUAAUUGACACGAUUGCUGUUCCUCAUACCAUCUCAGUAUGUCUGUGAAUCAUGUAUCACUAUCUUCAGUUCUUUACUGAAGCUACACUGUUUGUGUAGCCAAUAAGGCUAUUGAUUGUUUGCUUUGUAUCACAUUGGAGGUUAAAGAAGGCAAAGUCAGAAGAACUGACUUUGCUGCAACAGACUGCAAGAUACUGCAACACACUCUUUGCCCUCUUUGGCAACUGCUCUCCAGGUAGCAGGACUCUAAUGUUGCUGUUGUGUUGCGUUUGUGUGGGGUUGGGGGAGAGGUGGUGUGCCUGUUACCUGUCUGAAAGCAUAUGGCGGAAUGUGCCUGGAAAUACAUAACAGUAGUUACCCCAGUAGCAGGUCUCGCUGUGACAACCUACCUCCAGCUUUAACCCUGAGUUCUGACACACCCCUCCUCUUCCAAUUUACAGUUCACAGAAACUUCCUGUUCAGAAAACAAACAAAAAAACAGAACGACUGGAGCACCUCAACAUAAACUCUCAUGAUGAAGAGAAUAAAAAGUGUUUCUUUUUUA